AUGCAUGAAUUAGUUGUAAAUUCUAGUGUAAUAAUUUACGAUAAACUAUCACAAAAUAUAUAUCGAUAUGGUAUUCCUUCUACAUGUAUAUUUGGUUUAACAGGUCAUAUUAUUAAUCUUUUUUUAUUCACUCGUCCAACACUAAUUUAUAGUUCAUGUUGUAAUUAUUUUCUUGCUUCAUCAUGUGUUGCUUUAUUUCAAAUAUUGUUCAGUCAACCAAUUCAUUUUCUUCAGCUUGGUCUUGGUAUUGAUUUAACAAACAUUUGGUGGUGUCGUAUAAGAUUUUAUGUUGCUCAUUCGGCUUAUAUGACUUCAAGUUUUCUAAUUACUCUUGCAUCUGCUGAUCGUUUCGCAAGUUCAUGUCGUCAAGUUAAACAUCGUCGAUGGGCUAAUUUUACUAUUGCUAGAAAAUUAAUACCAAUUGUUAUUAUUAUUGCUUGUGCAGUUAAUAUUCAUAUUUUAGGUAUGUUUACAAUUAAUCAUGAACAUAGAAAUGAAUGUUGGGCUCCACAUGGUAAUAUUUAUCGUUUUAUUUUUGAUAUUAUAUUGGUCUCUCAUAUUAUAAUAUAUCCUAUUUUAAUUGGAACAUUUGGUUUACUUACUGUUUAUAAUAUUCGACGAUCUCAUAUUCAACAACAAUUAUUAUCUUUUAACUGUCGUGUGCGUGAUUUACAACGUAUGACACUUGUUCAAACUGUAUGUAUCAUUGUUUUCACUUUGCCUUAUGCUAUAUUAAAACUCCAUCGAACAAUAAUGACAUCGAAUAAUAAUGAUGUAUCUGAUAUUUAUUGGGCUGUAGAACGAUUAAUAACAUGUUUUGUUGAUUUUGGUUGUUACAUAAAUGAUGGUGCUGGAUUUUAUAUUUAUUCCCUUUCAUCAAUUACAUUUCGACGAACAUUACUUCAAUUUAUAAAUGAACAUCGAUCAAUAUUGUUUCGUUGUUAUCAAUAUAAAAAACGAAUUAUUUAUUUUUCAAAUCCUUCUAUUACACUAAUAACCUAA